AUGCAGUACCUAAUCGCGCUGGGUGGCUUGGUGGUGCUCGUGUCGGCCAUCUUGGCGGCCAUGGGCUUUCAUGGCCGGCCGCAGGUCGUUGGCAUCGACUUGGGCACCACCUUUUCGGUGGUGGCGUUGAAAGCAACGGAUGGCACCGUCUCGAUUAUUCCGGACCAUGUCACUGGCAAGCAGCUAUUACCGUCAGUGGUGACCUACAAGUCGGACGGCAAAGUGCUGGUUGGUGAUGUGGCGGUAGCUCAAAGAGGACGCUCUCCGGAGCGAACCAUCUUCAACGCCAAGCGCUUCAUUGGUCGGGAACUGGGAGAGGUAUCGCACGAAAGUGCAGAGCAUGCGUACCGAGUGGUUGGAAAUUUCACUGAAAACUCCAGGGAACCCAAUGCCUCCAGCCUUGCUUCUCCGGCUGGAUUUGCCAUUGAGCUCGACGGCAAGAAAGAGAGGUGGGUCUCACCGAUUGAUGUAGGAGCAGAAGUAGUGGCGCACAUGCGACGUUCUGUCACGCAACAUCUCGGUUUCGAGAUCUCACGAGCCGUCAUUUGCGUCCCAGCAAAAUUUGGCUUUCCAGAAACGAAGGCCACCCAAGAAGCCUUCGAACGAGCUGGCAUGAAAGUCAUGCGAAUUUUGGACGAACCCACGGCCGCAGCGAUUGCCUACAAUCUCCACAAAGGUGAAGGAGUGAGACAUGUUCUCGUCUACGACAUUGGUGGGGGUACGUUGGACACAUCCUUGCUGUAUAUGAAUGGCAAUGCUGUGAGCGUCCUGAGUGUGGCUGGAGACGACCACCUCGGAGGGUCCGACUUUGAUAUUCAGAUGCGACGGCUACUCGAGUCGAAAUUAGAACGUGGUGAUGUACAAAUCGCGGACUCGGCAACUGCAAAGGAAAGCUGCGAAAGCUCUGGCCUUCACAUCCUGGCAGAGGAUGCCAAGAUCCGCUUAAGCAGCGAGCAAAAAGUGGAGACGAGAUGUCGUGCAUCAGAUGGAAAAGAUCGGAUUUUUGCCAUUGGCCGCCAGGAGUUUGAGGAUGCUUCCUCCGAACUCUUUAGUCGCGCCAUGGCUCCUGUCCAAAAGGUCCUAGAUGAUCAGAUGAUGACCACGGACUACAUCAACGACGUGGUGCUUGUUGGUGGUGCGUCACGCACACCCAAGUUGCGAGAGCUGUUGCAAGACUUCUUUGGGUCCUCCAAGCGUCUCCACACGGAGAUCGAUCCGGACAUCACCGUGGCUUGGGGCCUCUCGGAUCUUGAUGGAUCUUUGAAGCCGAUGGGCUUCACGAUGUUAAUGAACCAGGGCACUUGCGACGGCUUAGGGCUUCGCAAGGCCCUUCUUAGCCGCCAGCUGUACAGUGAGGCACAGCCAUCCAUGGCCCAUGGCUAUCCAUGGCACUCCGCUAUGCUUGGCAAGAACUUGGAGCCCAAGGCACAUGGCAUGCUAUGCCAGUCCUUGAAAAAACUCUGGCUGCGAGGCCACAGAAGAAAAAAUCGCGAGGGCGAUGUGGUCACAAAACUUGGAUCAUCCCGGCAAUUUUGGGGCUCUGCAGCUGGUUUCUUAAUAUUUCUCAAUCCAUUCAUAUCCAUUCUGAUUUUCAAGUCAUUCUGGGUCUAUGUAGUCGCAGUUUCGAACUUCCCACACCAAUCUUACGCAGUCGAUAUUGGCGUCCCGUGGCCGAUUUCAUCAACAUGGCAGACGUACAGGCAGACGUUGCCCCCCCUUCAGGUGACUCAGAAAUACUCAGAAUUGAAAGCAGCACAUGACGUCAGGAUAUGUCAGGAUUAG